AUGGAACAAUACUCUAAUUACGGGGGUCAACAAGAUCCUUCAUCAGGAAGUUAUAGUUCGUAUCCAUACGGCGAUUCCUAUAAUCAAGGUGGGUAUACAACAGCUCCAACCAGCAGCUCUUCAGAUUAUUAUUAUGGAAAUAAUCCUCCGGCAGGAGGUAACAACAGCAGUAGCAGUAGUUCAACUACUCAGCAACAACCUCCAGCAACGACACAAGGUUAUGCUUCGCAACGUAAUGAUAAUUAUGAAGGGAGUGGCUAUUCUUCCGGAUAUAAUAAUAGUUACGGAAAUUAUCCUGCACCGACUACGUCUGGAAGUUAUCAAGCAGGUCAAAGUUCAUCAGCAGGAAGCUCUACUGCCGCAGCAUAUAAUUCUGGUAGUGGUUCAUAUGGCGGUAGUAAAACAACAGGAUAUGCCGAUCGUAGUAGUGAUUAUGGUGAUUCCUCUAGUUAUGGAGGUAAUAAAAAUCCAUAUGGUGAUAGUUAUAGCUACAAGCCUCGGGAAAAUGAUGGUAGAGAAGGUGGAUAUAGUGGUCCGCCAUCAAAAGAAGGCGGUUCUUAUGAUAGUUACGGAAGCCGUUCUGACGGUGGCUAUAAGGAUAAUUUUGUGGAUGAUUCUGUUGUGCAAACAAUUAACGACACGGUCUACAUUUCGAAUCUAAGCAAAGACGUUACUGAAGAGAAAUUGGCAGAAAAGUUCGGUAGCCUUGGCAUGUUAAAAAUAGACAGAAAGACACAAAAGCCAAAAA